CCCAGGCAGUGGGAAACAGCAGAGACAAGAGGACGUCCAGCUGAUCAGUCGUCCAAACGAUGAUGGGGUGUUCAUUUUUCUCCCUCUGUGGCUCAGAAGCAUAAAGUAGACGGGAAAAUGGAGACAGGCUCCGGUUUUGAGUUUCUGUCUUCGCUACAUGUCCCCAUGUGCCAGCCCAUCAAAAGCCGUCGUUACUGGAGUGACGUUUCAGCUUGUAUGCAGCUACCCGGACAGGAAUCAAAGACAGAGGGUAUUUCUUUUCAAGGCAUAUACGCAAACAUGCGAAUGGUUCAUAUACUCACCUCGGUCGUCGGCUCAAAAUGUGAAGUACAAGUGAAAAAUGGAACUAUAUAUGAAGGAGUUUUUAAAACUUACAGCUGUAAGUGCGAUUUGGUCCUUGACGCAGCUCAUCGGAAAACUGCAGAAUCCAGUCUGGGGCCGAAACGAGAAGAUAUAAUAGAAACGAUUUUGUUCAAGCCUUCAGAUUUUGUUAUGGUGCAUUUCAAGGACAUGGAUUCCAGUUAUGCACGAAGAGUUCCUUCAGAAACAGAUGCUUUUACAGAUUCUGCCAUCACUGCUAAAGUUAAUGGUGAACAUAAGGAGAAGGAUCUUGAACCCUGGGAUGGAGGCGAAGGCAUCGCUCCAGAUGAACUUGAAGCUUUAGAAACCGACGUUUCCAACGGAUGGGAUCCUAAUGACAUGUUUCGCUACAAUGAAGAAACCUAUGGUGUAGUAUCGACUUACGACAGCAGUUUAUCUUCGUAUACAGUACCCCUAGAAAGGGACAACUCGGAAGAAUUUUUAAAACGGGAAGCCAGAGCGACCCAGUUAGCCGAAGAAAUCGAAUCAAGCGCACAAUACAAAGCUCGAGCUGCUUUGGAAAAUGAUGACCGAUCAGAAGAGGAAAAAUACACGGCGGUUCAAAGAAACGCCAGCGAGCGAGAAGGACACGGCGCAGCCCCCAGGGAGAACAAGUACAUCCCACCUGGGCAGCGGAAUAGAGAUGUUCUUUCCUGGGGAACGGGAAGGCAGAAUUCGCCACGGGUGGGCCAGUCUGGAUCAGGUCCACCCAUCUCAAGAUCUGGGUCUCAUUCAUCAGACUACAGUUCCAGCGCGGGCGCCGACCAAAGAGUAGUUAACGGAGGUGUUCCCUGGCUACCACCGCCUUGCCCACCUCCUUCCUCUCGCCCACCGCCACCACCUCCUCGCUACCCGUCAGGUCCCAUCUCUCUUCCACCUCGGGCAGCCACCCCUACACGGCCGCCCUCCAGACCCCCUUCGCGGCCGCCCUCCAGACCCCCGUCUCACCCCUCUGCUCAUGGCUGUCCAGCUCCUGUCUCUACUAUGCCUAAACGCAUGUCUUCAGAAGGACCUCCGCGGAUGUCUCCAAAGGCCCAGCGCCACCCUCGAGGCCACCGGGUCUCUGCAGGGAGAGGCGUGGUCUCGAGCGGCUUGGAAUUCGUCUCUCACAACGUGCCAGGAGAAGCUAACGCCGCUUCGUCCGCCCGAGGCAGCCCUUCAGGUGGGACGUGGUCAUCCGUGGUCAUGGGAGCUACUAGGUCAUCUCCGAAAGCUCACCGGCCUCGGUCUCCAAGGCAGAGCAACGUCGGGGGAGUGCCCUCUGGGCCAGCGCUGUCUUCUCCCCAAGCUGGCUCGACUCCAGCUGAGACGGCAGCCCCUCCUGUUUCAGCUGCCUCUCCGACCCCAGCCAGUCCCGCCCCCAACCGAGCAGGAACCCCGUCGGUUGAAGCUAAAGAUGGACGGCUCCAGGACCAGAGACAGAGUUCCUCGCCGGCUGGAACCAAGGAACAUCUGAAGCCCAAUGAAACAUCUCCUGGUUUUAGCAAACCUGAAUGCAAAGGGGUCUCUCCAGCUGUUCUAGAACAUAGGAAACAGAUCGACGACUUGAAGAAGUUCAAGAACGACUUUAGGUUGCAACCAAGUUCCUCCCCAGAAACGGUGGAGCCGCUGCUGAGCAAAACCAGAGAGCCUGAAAAAUCUAGAGACGCUCCAAAGGAGAAAGCGGCCGAUGGCAGCUGCAAGGACCCGGUCCCUGAACCUGGCGGAAGCGGCGGGAACUCCGGCAGCAAGCCGGCCAGUCCGAGCCUUUCGCCGACGAGCAGCAGCACCGAGCCGAAGCGUGGCCCCGAGGUGACGUCGCAAGGCGUGCAGACCUCUGGGCCCGGAGCCAAGCAGGAGAAAGAGGACCGGGAGGAGAAAAAGGACCCCACCGAACAAGUUAGAAAAUCAACGCUGAAUCCAAACGCGAAGGAGUUCAACCCUCGGUCGUUUGCUCAGCCUAAGCCUUCGACGACGCCGACGUCGCCCCGCCCACAAGCCCAGCCCAGCCCUUCCAUGGUGAGCCACCAGCAGCCCACGCCCGUGUACACCCAGCCGGUCUGUUUCGCCCCCAAUAUGAUGUACCCUGUGCCCGUCAGCCCGGGCGUUCAGCCUCUGUAUCCCAUUCCCAUGGCCCCUGUGCCAGUCAACCAGGCCAAGACCUAUAGAGCAGGUAAAGUCUCCAGUCUGCCUCAGCAGCGGCAAGAGCAGCAGCACCAGAACGCCAUGAUGCACCCUGCUUCGGCCGCGGGGGCUCCCAUCGUGGCCACACCGCCGGCUUACUCAGCACAAUACGUCGCCUACAGCCCUCAGCAGUUCCCCAACCAGCCUCUCGUCCAGCACGUGCCACAUUACCAGUCUCAGCACCCCCACGUUUAUAGCCCUGUCAUACAGGGCAACGCGAGGAUGAUGGCGCCACCGGCACACCCGCAGCCUGGCUUAGUUUCCUCCACCGCUACGCAAUACGGUGCGCACGAGCAGACACACACGAUGUAUGCAUGUCCCAAAAUACCCUACAGCAAGGAGACAGGCCCUUCUUUCUACUUUGCCAUUUCUACCGGUUCUCUCGCUCAGCAGUACGCCCACCCCAGCGCUGCCUUGCAUCCUCACCCGCCGCACCCCCAGCCUUCUGCCACCCCCACGGGGGGGCAACAGCAGAGCCAACAUGGAGGAAGCCACCCGGCCCCCAGCCCUGUGCAGCACCAUCAGCAUCAGGCCCUCCACUUGACGAACGCUCAGCAGCAGUCGGCCAUCUUCCACGCCGGCCUGGCCCCGACUCCUCCUUCCAUGAACCCCGGCUCCAACGCCCAGUCUCCCCAGAGCAGCUUCCCAACAGCACAACAGACGGUCUUCGCCAUCCAUCCUUCCCACGUCCAGCCGGCCUACACCAACCCGCCACACAUGGCCCACGUCCCCCAGGCCCACGUGCAGUCGGGCAUGGCUCCUUCGCAUCCAACGGCCCACGCCCCCAUGAUGCUCAUGACGACCCAGCCGCCGCCCGGGGGGGCCCAAGCUGCCCUCGCUGCGCAAACCGCACUACCGCACAUUCCAGUCUCGACAGCAACACACUUCCCCUAUAUGACCCAUCCUUCAGUACAAACCCACCAUCAACAGCAGUUGUAAGGCUGACCUGGAGUGACCCUCAGGCGGGAUCUUUUUUGUUUUUUUUUCCUUUUUAAAGGCAAAAUACCUACCUUUUCCUGCUGCUUCUGCCAUCUUCGGAAG